CUGCCCAUCAUUCAUUUAUUCAGAGUCUGGUUUUUGAAUCUCGAUUUCUUUUCCUUCUGCUGAACUGAUUUUACCAUUGUGCCCUUCACCAUCUCCAUUAUAACCACUAGGGUUUUAUUUGACGGAACUCUUAUUCGUUCCUUCUGAUCUAUUUCACUUCUCACCAAAUUCUUAUUCAAUCCGUACCAAAACAACCAGAUUAGGUUUAUCUUUUUCUUCUCGUUUGGUUGUGUAGAGAUGUUCGGGACAGGUUUGCCGUUUACGCGUCAUCGCGGUGAGGAUCGGUUUUACAAUCCGGCCAAGGCACGCAGAGCGCAGCAGAAUUCGAUAAACGAGCAACUCCGUAGAGCUAAGAGCGACGUGACGCCGAGUCAAUCGUCGGUAAAACAACCGCAAGAGUCGGUGGUAGUUAGAGAGCCGGAGGACCGUACCGGUUCAAACGACGUUCCCAAAAUUGUUGCGGAACCGGCAUUUGAACCGGUUUUGAGUAAUGUGGAACGGUUUUUGGAGUCGAUCACGCCGUCUGUGCCGGCUCAAUAUCUGUCCAAGACUACGAUGUCGAUGAGGGGGAGGAGGACGUGUGACGUGGAGUAUCGGCCGUACUUUGUGCUUGGUGAUUUGUGGGAGUCGUUCUGGGAGUGGAGUGCUUAUGGUGCAGGGGUUCCUCUGGUAUUGAACGACAGUGAUUGUGUUGUUCAGUAUUAUGUUCCGUAUUUGUCUGGCAUUCAAAUAUACGUUGAUUCUACGAACUCAUCUGUUGCGAAAUCUAGGCAAUUAGGUGAGGAUAGCGACAGUGAUUUUAGGGACUCAAGUAGUGAUGGUAGCAGUGACUGUGAACCUGAAAGAGGAAUGAAAUGCUCAAGGGAGCAAUGGAGUCAUCAUUGUAAAGAAAACAAGAUUAGGAUGGAUAGAUUGUCGUUGAGAGAUCAGCAUAGUGUUCAAGAAGACUUUUCUAGUGAUGAGGGCGAAUCUACAAACUUUCAAGGUUGUUUGUUAUUUGAAUAUCUUGAACGAGAUGCUCCUUAUAGCCGGGAACCUUUAGCUAACAAGAUAUCAGUUCUCGCCUCCCAUUUCCCUAAGCUGAAAACACUAAGAAGUUGUGACCUACUGCCUUCUAGCUGGAUUUCUGUGGCCUGGUAUCCGAUUUACAGAAUACCAACAGGACCAACAUUAAAAGAUCUGGAUGCAUGCUUUUUGACGUAUCAUUCUCUUCAUACACCAAUGGGAGUUCCACAAAGUGCACAAGCUCCAGCUGUGACAUAUCCCAACAAGAUUGAUGGUGUUGCUAAGAUGUCCUUACCUGUUUUUGGUCUCGCUUCAUACAAGUUUAAGGGAUCGGUAUGGACCUCUAAUGGGGGUUGUGAGCGCAAAUUGACAAACUCCCUCUUGCAGGCUGCUGAUAAUUGGUUAAGACUACUUCAAGUUGAGCACCCAGAUUUUAUAUUUUUCUGCCGUAGGUGAUGCUGGGAUAUGACUGCAAUUGUAAUGCUGCAACCAUUCUGGAAACCACCAUCCAACCAUAUCUUGUUCCUGAAGAGGUUACUGUGAGUUGAAGUUACCUUAAUUUGUUGUAGUUUUAAGAUCACAAGUCGAGUUUGGAGUGAUUAUGGUGUUUGAUAUCCUGUUAGUUAUAAAUGACUUAAAUGAAAAUGAGGAAGGGAAAAAAAAAAAAAAAAAGGAUGAGAGAAGAAAAGAAUGCAUUACACGGUAUGAACACUUUGAAAUGGAAUGAGAUCAACUGCAAUAAGUCUCGAUUUUAUAGUGUAGAGAAGCUGCUGAAGUGCUGAGCUACUAGUAAGCGAGGUGAAGAUGUGUUUGGCUUGCUGUAUCAGUGUGAGCAAGUUUCAGUUUGUUCUUUUCUACAUCUAUAUCCAUACCCAUAUCCAUAUCGACAAAUGGUUUGUAUUAAAAAAAAAAAACAGGCUCUUUUUUUAUGCCCUGAUGAUCAGUACUUAGGAUGUAAUAAUUUAUUUGCUGUCGUUUUAAGGGGAUUCUGAUUUUUGAUAGGGAGGUUGUGUAAGUGUCAAGUUUGAGCAACCCCAUGUUUGUACUAGUUACUAACUCUUAAAAAGUCUUUACGUUUUGUCAACUCCAUCUGAAGAACAGUUUGUUAAAAGGAAUACUUCUAUUUAUAUGAAUUGAUGAUAAGGUUCGUUA